ACUACCCAGAGGCUCGCAAGACCUGAGCCAACUGACAUCUCAACCACGAAUCUUGUACAUAGCGAUCGCCAGAAUGGUUUUGGCAAAGAGUAAAAACCAGGUGGGGCUGGGCAACAGCCUCAUGAACGACCGCUUCGGCAAGGGCAAGGGCUCAGACAGGAAGAAAGUCUCUGCGCAAGGCGUCAUUCGAACAGAUCAUACCACGGGACAGACCUACGUUACCAACGCGGCCAAGGAGGCGUCAUGGGUCAAGAUGCGCAGUGUCACGGAGCAAGGAGCGCUCGACGAAUUCCUCUCGACGGCGGAACUGGCUGGCACAGAUUUCACGGCGGAGAAGAUAAACAACGUCAAGAUCAUCCAUUCGGACCAGAAGAACCCAUACUUACUCAGUGCGGCUGAAGAGAGAGGCGCCAGGAGGAAACAUGCACAAAAUAAGAACAGGUUGUCGGUACCGAGACGUCCGAAGUGGGACGAGACUACCACACCGCGGCAAUUGGACGAGCAGGAAAGAGCGAGUCUGCUAGAGUGGAGGCGCGGGCUUGCUGAGUUGCAAGAGAAUGACGAUUUGCUCAUGACGCCGUUUGAGCGGAAUAUCGAGGUUUGGAGACAGCUAUGGCGGGUUAUCGAGAGAUCGGACUUGAUUGUGCAGAUCGUCGACGCGAGAAAUCCGCUGUUAUUUCGGAGUGAAGAUCUGGAGAAGUAUGUCAAAGAGGUCGAUCCGAAGAAGAGGAACUUGCUGCUUGUCAACAAGGCCGAUAUGAUGACCGAGGAACAGCGGCGGCUCUGGGCGGAAUAUUUUCACGAGCAAGGGAUCAAUUACAAAUUUUUCUCGGCUCAUCUAGCCAAAGAGAUCAAUGAGGGGCGGGAUGCUAUGGAAGAAUUGGAUGCGAGACAAAUCCAGCAGCAGAUCGAUCGAAACAUGCCUCAGAAGACGAUGAUCAACAAUUUACAAGACCUCAAUCUGAAGGAGCAAGAGGAAGAGGAGUGGUCAGACGAGGACGACGAUGAGGAGAGCGAAAUAUCUGAAGACGACGACGAAGAAGAAGAAGAAGAAGAAGAAGAAGAAGAAGAAGGUGAAGUUGGACCGUCAGCACAGUCAGUUCUCAACACCCAGAUACUGACGGUGGAGGAGCUGGAAGAAUUGUUUCUCGAAAAUAUAUCCCAAGACAGCACGAAAGACCGGAAAACGACUAUCGGCCUGGUCGGGUAUCCUAACGUCGGAAAAUCCUCUACCAUCAAUGCUCUGAUUGGCGCCAAAAAGGUCAGUGUCUCAUCCACACCUGGUAAGACAAAACACUUCCAGACAAUACAUCUAUCGGAUCGAGUCAUUCUAUGUGAUUGUCCCGGUCUUGUGUUCCCGAACUUCGCCACAACCAAGGCUGAAUUGGUCUGCAAUGGCGUCUUGCCUAUCGAUCAGCUUCGCGAAUUUACGGGACCGGCUGGACUCGUGGCUCAGAGAAUACCGCAUGCCUUCUUGGAAAAUGUGUACGGCAUGAAGAUCACGAUGAGGCCGGCCGAGGAAGGCGGCGCCGGAGUGCCCACCGCUUCGGAAAUGUUGAGGGCGUAUGCAAAGGCGCGUGGCUUUGCUACAACGGGUCAUGGACAGCCGGAUGAAUCCAGAGCGGCCAGGUAUAUCCUGAAGGACUAUGUCAGCGGCAAACUGCUUUAUUGUCACCCGCCUCCACACGAUCCGGAGCUUGAUGGAGCGGAGUUCAACGAGGCUCUGUAUGACUUUGCGCAUCUACCGGCGAAACGACAAGCUUGGUUGAUUGCUCACAACGAUGAGAUCAAUCUUGAUGGUAAUGGAGAGACCGAGACAGAAGUCACGAUGCCCGUGCGGCCUCCUCCAGAGACUGGAAAUAGGUCCAAGAAUCUCGACAAGCGAUUCUUUGGGCCUGGCUCGGGUAAUGCAGGGCAUGUGACGAUGCCUUUCAACCAUCAAUAUAGCGAACAGGGGAUGCAGCAGAAACAGUUGACGGGGCGAAAGGCGAAGACACUUGCGGCACUUGAGAAGGAUGUAGAUCCUGCAGAAAUGAAGCUGAACAGUAAGAGGCAUUUCAAGGGUGCGAGGAGGAAGCAACGCAAUGUCAGGGCGGCGGAUGACGAGGAGUAGCUGACUCUUUGGAAUUCGACAGGUUCCGAGUGUAGAGCCGUCGUAAGCAGUCUCAGCUCGCAGAGGCGUGUCUCUAAGUAGACAGGUGUUCAAAUAUGG